GUGAGCCAGCAACGCUCAUCCACCAACUCUCGGUUCAAGAGUAUAGGAACUGAAAGUUCGAAAACGGACCCUCCGUGACCCUUCACUUGGCCAUGUGUUCCUAAUUUGCCGCGAAUCCAUGAUGUUGAUCGUUUGCUUCUGGGUUGCUUGCAACUCUGUGCUAGCGGCAUCUCCAGUUGGGCGCGCCAAGGGGCCUCAGCCGCUGGACAACUACACCUCGCGAGACUGCAGCUUCCAUGGUUGUGAGGAUGUAGAUGCGGCCGUGGUGCUUCAGAAAGACCUCAGAGCCACGGCCACGAUGACGGCGCCUUGGGACGCCUCGGAUCCGCAUAAGUCUGGCUUCCGGCGUUGGCGCUACCGGCGCAUCCAGCGCAUCCGGCGACGUUUUCAGCGAUAUGGACAACGUUGGAAAAGCCGAAGAGCCACUAUGAGGAAUCUCAUUUUCGUUGCGAUGACCAUACCUGAGAUAGGAGAUAUGUUCUUGAAGGAUGCCACGCAUGGGAAUGGGUCCUAUGAAGCCAAAAGUUUCAGGAUCCAGAAUCUAGGGCACGGAGGACCAGGGCCAGGGUUCUGUGCCGGAUGAUUUUCCAUGUGAAAGCCUGCUGAAAGUUGUUGACCUUCCUACCUCAGAGAGCGGCGUAUCUGUUUUGAUUGGCUUUGUUUGAAGCCUUUAACCCAAACCAUCCGACGGAAGUUUUGCAUCAGCUUCACACACAUUUUCCAUGUUUGAAAAAUGCCCACCAAUUCUGGUGAUUUUUAUUUUUUCCCAAGUAGUGAGCACUCCAUUUUGAGGCUCAUGAUGCUACCAGACUUGCGGCUACCGCUUGCACCAAGGAACGAAGCCGGGAACAUUGACGACUCUUGAAGAGAUCUAAGAAACCCCAAGACCGAAAGUACAAAAUGUUCCGGGAUGUUGAUGCAAAAAUCAACAUUUCCAUCUUUUGGGGGCUUCAAAAAGCUUCAAACACAUUCAGCCGAUUCACCCGCCAAGCUUUUGGGAGUUGAUGGGGCUUGACCUCCCAAAGCCUGGUCCCAAGAAUGGCAUGACCGCUCCCAGGACCACGAGCACGCUGCCGAUUUGUGAGGGCACAAAGACUGUCCAGAAUCCUUUGGUCGUGGGGACAUCGAUUGGGCCACAAAACGGAAGUCGCAACACUACUAACACCACCAUCAACUUCACAGAAAGUCUUCCCUGCGUCAUCUCCGGUCGUGUCCUCUUGGACGUGGGAAAACGAUUCAGUACCUCUGCCACACCAUGGAGCUGCCAUAGCCUUGUAGCAAAGACCAGACAUGGUGCAUUUGCUAGGCACUGGCCUACAUGGAAAAUGUGUCAACACCAAUUGCUUGGGGUAAUAAAUA